AUGGAGCAUUGCUCCUUUUUAAUUAAGACACAGACAAUUAGAAUACCUGGACUAAAUGGCCUGUCUCAUUUAUCACCAGCUGUUCCAUCAGGCAUGUAUUGGGCAAGUGGUGAUGAUAAAUAUGUCAUUCAAUUUGACUUGCAAGGAAAUAUUCUUCAAAAAGUAAAAACAGGAAAUCAGAUGAAGGGAUACCACUCGAUCACAAAAGAAGACAAUUUGAUAUAUACGGAUUAUAAAGAGAAAGCCAUAUACAAAAUAAACAUGGAUAUGACCACCACGACACUUAUCACCUCGGAAGACUGGGAGCCUUGGUCAAUCUUCUCUUCCCCGAUUAAUGGAAACAUAUUAGUUGGGAUGAAAAAAGAGAAAAAAUGGAAAAUAGCCAGAUAUACCAGCGAUGGCAUUAAGUUACAGGACAUUCAGAAAAAUGUUAAUGGGGAGGACUUAUAUUCGAGUGUAAGCUUUAUCACAGAAAACAUUAAUGGUGACAUAUGUACAUCAGAUUAUAUUGGUGAAAAGGUUCAGGUGGUGACCGGAUCAGGAGAAUAUCUGUUCUCCUACUCUGGUAGUGAUGAGAUGUCAGGUUUUUCCCCGUCUGGAAUCUGCACAGAUGUUCUUGGAAAUAUAUUGGUGUGUUGUUCUUACAUAUCAUUUAAUCUUAGAUCUAGUCUUAGAUAUGAACCACCGGGUACUGGCCCUAUACCUAAAUAUGGUAUCCAUUUGCUGGACCAGGACGGACAUUUUUUGGAUUUUCUGCUCGAUUCAUAUUCAGUGAUAAGCAAAUUGUACGCUGUCUGUGUUGAUAACCAAAACAAUCUGAUUAUAGGACGUGCAGACAGUCCUACAAUCUGUGUUUACAAGUAUCUCAAGGGCAAAUGCGCGUUGCGAAAAAAAACAGUAAAAGAGGUCUAUGUGGAACACUGGGGCACUCGUGUAUAA